GGUGGGUGCCGCGGCCGCCGCGGAGCCGCCGCUCGGCGCGUUUUGCAUGAAGAUGGCGGCUCCCACCGCCAGCAAGGCAGCCUCCCUGGGCUGCAACAACAAGCCUGCCUUCCCGGAGCUGGAUUUCAGGUCUGGAGCUCGCGUGGAGGAACUGAACAAACUCAUCCAGGAAUUCACCAGGCACGACCAGCGAGAAUACGACGACCAGAGAGCAUUGGAGAUCCACACAGCUAAGGAUUUCAUCUUUUCCAUGCUGGGCAUGGUGCAAAAGCUAGAUCAAAAACUCCCUGUGGCUAACGAGUACCUGUUGCUCUCCGGAGGGGUCCGAGAAGGCGUGGUGGACCUGGACCUAGAUGAUUUAAAUGUCUAUGCCCGGGGCACCGACUACGACAUGGACUUCACCCUCCUGGUGCCGGCCCUUAAGCUGCAUGACCGCAAUCAGCCCGUGACGCUGGACAUGCGCCACUCGGCCCUGUGCCACUCCUGGCUGAGCCUCCGGCUCUUCGACGAGGGGACAAUCAGCAAGUGGAAAGACUGCUGCACGAUCGCAGAUCACAUCAACGGUGCCACCAACUAUUUCUUCUCUCCCACCAAAGUGGCCGGCUGGUUCUACGACUCCAUCAGCAUUGUCCUCUCGGAGAUACAGAAGAAACCCCAGAGAGGGAUGCCGAAGGUGGAAAAGGUAGAAAAAAACGGGACCAUCAUCUCCAUCAUCCUGGGCGUGGGAAGCAGCCGGAUGUUGUACGAUAUCGUCCCCGUGGUGUCGUUCAAAGGGUGGCCGGCGGUGGCUCAGAGCUGGCUCAUGGAGAACCACUUCUGGGACGGGAAGAUCACCGAGGAGGAAGUCAUCAGCGGCUUUUAUUUGGUGCCAGCUUGCUCCUACAAGGGCAGGAAGGACAACGAGUGGCGACUGUCCUUUGCCAGGAGCGAGGUGCAGCUGAAGAAGUGCAUCUCGGGCAGCCUCAUGCAGGCCUACCAGGCCUGCAAAGCCAUUAUCAUCAAACUCCUGUCAAGGCCCAAGGCUAUCAGCCCCUACCACCUGCGGAGCAUGAUGCUCUGGGCCUGCGACCGACUCCCUGCCAGCUACCUGGCCCAGGAAGACUACGCAGCUCACUUUUUGCUGGGCCUCAUUGACGACCUGCAGCACUGUCUGGUCAACAAAAUGUGCCCUAAUUAUUUCAUCCCACAGUGCAACAUGCUGGAGCACCUGUCAGAGGAGACGGUCAUGCUCCACGCCCGGAAGCUCUCCUCUGUCCGCUCGGAUCCUGCCGAGCACCUGCGCACCGCCAUCGAGCACGUGAAGGCAGCCAAUCGGCUGACACUGAAGCUGCAGCGCCGGGGCAGCACCACCAGCAUCCCCUCCCCGCAGUCCGACGGAGGGGACCCCAAUCAGCCUGACGACAGGCUGGCAAAAAAACUGCAGCAGCUAGUGACUGAGAACCCAGGGAAGUCCAUCUCGGUCUUUAUUAACCCCGAUGACGUCACAAGGCCCCAUUUCAGAAUCGAUGAUAAAUUUUUCUGAGUGUUUUGUUGACUGCCCCACCCGCCCCCAGCCCCCUUCUUGGUUUCUAAAACUUAUGUACGGUGUAGUGUGGCUUGUGAUUCAGUCGUUCUGUUUUUACAUAUCCAGCUUAACAUUGGAUUUGGUAAGAACACAUCUUAAGUUUCCUGGUUCUGCAGGAUGGUGCAGGCUCUGAAAAAGUAUUUAUACUAUUUCAUACUCUGCCUGGAUUUUGCUGUUUGUUUUCUAGUUAUUGUGGGGUGUUUUUUUU